CUUCCUACCUUUGUCCUCGUCGCUGCGUGUUAGCUUGGGAGCCAUAGUCGGUCCGACCGCGUCCGUGCGCUGCGAGGAUCUGGCUGACAGAUUCAAAUGGAUGCCAAAAAAUCAAGGAAACGCAUUUUGACUUCCUUCCCGAUUUUGAAAGCAAGAAAGAAACAGAAUUUCACCUCUGUAAAGUGGAACACCAGAGCUCUGGAGGACCCCACUUUUCCUCCUGAGAUCUAUAGGGUUGAGAGUAAGCCUUUGAUCCAGGUCCAGAAGCCACCUUCCAAUUCCAGGAACUCCAGAAUGACCAGAUUCUUGCAUAAGAACACGAACACCAGCGUCACUUCACUCCCCUUCGUGGACAACAAGGAGAAGAAGACUAUGGUCAACUUCCCAAGCAUCAGCAACAAAAUCCUGCAGAAGCCACCUCUGCUGUAUCAGGAGAGUCAAAGUCACAAUCCGAUGCCAUCCUCUGAGCUCCAGGUUUCAGAAAUGCCUCUGCACCCUACCAUUAAAAUCCAGCACCCCAAGUCGGAGGAGAAGACACCAAGGAAGCACAAGGUGCCUCUGACAGCGGCAGAGGCCCUCAAGCUUUUUAAGAAACAGCUGUCUGCUUAUGAGCAAAAUGAAAUCCUGGACUACACAGAGAUAUGGUUCCUGGGGCUUGAAGCCCAGAAGCUCAACGUGGCUGUUGAGAAGUUCAGCAAGACAAGUUUUGAUGACGAACACGGCUCCUAUAUGAAGGUCCUGCACGACCACAUUGCCUACCGCUACGAGGUCUUGGAGAUGAUCGGGAAAGGGUCCUUUGGACAGGUGGCCAAGUGCUUGGAUCACAAAAACAAUGAGUUGGUGGCCCUGAAAAUCAUCAGGAACAAGAAGAGGUUUCACCACCAGGCCCUGGUGGAGCUGAAGAUCCUGGAAGCUCUCAGGAGGAAGGACAAAGACAAUGCCUACAACGUGGUGCACAUGAAGGACUUCUUCUACUUCCGCAAUCACCUCUGCAUCACCUUCGAACUCCUGGGAAUCAACUUGUAUGAGUUGAUGAAGAAUAACAGCUUUCAAGGCUUCAGUCUUUCCAUAGUUCGGCGUUUCACCCUCUCUGUUUUGAAGUGCUUGCAAAUGCUUUAUGUAGAGAAAAUCAUUCACUGUGAUCUCAAGCCUGAAAAUAUAGUGAUACACCAAAAGGGUCAAGUCUCUGUUAAAGUCAUUGACUUUGGAUCAAGCUGUUAUGAACACCAGAAAGUAUACACCUACAUCCAAAGCCGGUUCUACCGAUCCCCGGAGGUGAUCCUGGGCCACCCCUACGACAUGGCGAUCGACAUGUGGAGCCUGGGCUGCAUCAUGGCGGAGCUGUACAUGGGCUACCCUCUGUUCCCGGGGGAGAACGAGGUGGAGCAGCUGGCCUGCAUCAUGGAGGUGCUGGGCCUGCCGCCAGCCGACUUCAUUCAGACGGCCUCCAGGAGACAGACGUUCUUCGAUUCCAAAGGUUUUCCUAAAAAUAUAACCAACAACAGGGGGAAAAAAAGAUACCCGGAUUCCAAGGAUCUCACGAUGGUGCUGAAAACCUAUGAUACCAGCUUCCUGGACUUUGUCAGAAAGUGUUUGAUAUGGGAACCUUCUCUUCGAAUGACCCCUGACCAGGCCCUCAAGCAUGCUUGGAUUCAUGAGCCACGGAACCUCAAACCACAUCCCAGGCCCCAGACCCUGAGGAAAUCCAGUUUCUGUUACCUCUCUGAGACAAAGAAGGACAAGGUUCGAGGGUAUCAUCACCCGAGCAAAAAAGCAGAUGAGAUUGCCAAAGAUGCUACAGAAAGAAUAAAAGACAGCACCACCGAGCACGUCCAGAAUUCAGGUGGCCGGCAGGGCUCUGUCCAGCUGCCUCACCUAGCAGAGGCACCCGGGAAGGCACAGACGGCUGGGCUAGAGGUGUCCGUGACCUCCACAGAACAGACCAGAAACUCCUCCCCCAAGAACACAAACAUUCUGCCACCUAUUGUAUGACCUUUGCUGAGAGGGUGUGUCCUGUUCCUUUCCACCAGUGAUUUGUAUUAGAGACAGCACUUAUAUUGUACAAUACUUCAGAUUGUUGUUUUUUAAUACAUAAAAGUUUGUUUUAAGAAAACAAAACUCUA